UAUACUUAGUUGACGCCUAGACGCGUUCAAGGAAGGUCGUGUCGAUCAUUAUUAAUGGUCCCCCGUUUGACCUAAGUAAACAUACUGUAUCGCGCGAUAAAAACAAUAAAAUUUAUCAGUUAAACGUUAUUGGCUAAUAUUUGCGCGACUGGCGAUGCGCAUAGUGGCCGAAAAAGUUCCAGUUACGAUUGAUAACAAUUAAUCCAGUGUUUAAUUGGAAUAAAUUCGAAUACCUGCCGACUUAAAUCGUGUUUAUCGAAUGGCGCUAUCAAUCGCCGAAUAGUGUUUCGUCGUUCAGUGCAUGAUAAAAGUUGAGAGUGGUUACACUUGUGUGGCGUGUGCCGGAAGAUGCCAGUGCUCGGCGAGAUGGCGGCAUCCCAAGAUAUUUGCGGCAGGUAUUGCCCACCACCGGAAUAUAUGCUGCCGGGUCCGUAUAUGUGGGAGAAGCAUAUUAACAUCCCGUACGCUAUGCCCUUGACUAGACAGCCAAAUGAAGAUGCACAAUGCAUCAACACAACACAAACAUACAAUACAGAUAGUGACAUGCAGCUAGAGACCAGCAGUAGUGAAGCGAGCGCCGCCAGUUCCACGACGUUGUCCCAGCACUGCGCGAUAUGCGGCGACCGCGCCACCGGCAAGCAUUACGGAGCCUCCUCGUGUGACGGCUGCAAGGGAUUCUUCAGGCGGAGCGUCCGGAAGAAUCAUUUAUACACAUGCAGGUUCAGCAGAAAUUGCGUGGUCGAUAAGGACAAAAGGAAUCAAUGCAGAUACUGUAGACUUAGAAAAUGUUUCAAGGCCGGCAUGAAAAAGGAAGGUAAGCAACCCGUACAGAACGAGCGGGACCGUAUAAAUUGCAGACGACCGUCAUACGAGGAACCCACACAAGCCAAUGGACUCUCCGUUGUGUCGCUACUUAACGCGGAACUACUAAGUAGGAAAGUUAUAGAUGAGACAAACAACGUGUCGGACGCAGAAAUCAACAACCGGAAGUUGGCGAAGAUAAACGACGUCUGCGACUCCAUCAAGCAACAGCUGCUCAUACUCGUGGAGUGGGCCAAGUACAUUCCCGCCUUCACGGAGCUACACCUAGACGACCAGGUGGCGCUGCUGCGCGCGCACGCGGGCGAGCACCUGCUGCUGGGCUGCGCGCGCCGCUCGCUGCACCUCAGCGACGUGCUGCUGCUCGGGAACAACUGCAUCAUCGCCAAGCACAACAUCGAUGGCAGGAUGGAUAUAGACAUCAGUAUGAUCGGUAUCCGAGUGAUGGACGAGAUCGUGAAGCCGCUGCGGGAGAUCGAUAUCGACGACACCGAGUUUGCGUGUCUGAAGGCCAUCGUCUUCUUCGAUCCCAACGCGAAAGGUCUCUCACAACCGCAGAAGAUCAAGCAGCUGCGCUACCAGAUCCAGAUCAACCUGGAGGACUACAUCAGCGACCGGCAGUACGACGGUCGCGGACGGUUCGGCGAGCUGCUGCUGUGUCUACCGCCGCUGCAGAGCAUCACGUGGCAGAUGAUCGAACAGAUACAGUUCGCCAAGCUGUUCGGAGUCGCGCACGUCGAUAGCCUGCUGCAGGAGAUGUUACUGGGAGGUGCAUCGACAGAGGCGACGCUGGAAGAGAGCGCGGCGGAGGGCGCGGGAGGGCCGGCGGGUGCGGGGGGGCCGGGGGGCGCGCUGGGCGCCGCGCUGCCGCCGCCCGCGCUGUUCGACGACACGCCCUUCAAGCAGGAACCCGACAUGAGUCCUGAACAUCCUUCGAGAAUCAUGAAGACGUCUGACAUAACAUUGUUAUAGUUGAGUAACGAAGAGAAAGGCUUUGCUGAAACUGUUAUUGAUAUAUAAAUAUUUUUAAAUAUAUAUAAAGGUUAUUAUUGAAUUUAUCAAUUACAUAUAUGUAAAUGUUAUUAUAUAAAAUAUUUGUAUAAAUCAAAGCGCAAAAUUAGUAUGAAAAUAAUAAUCAAUUGCAGGCAGCUGUAGAAGCCAUGCGUUUAUACGAUAUUGAUAUAUAUAAGCGUAGGAUUAAAUAUAUUUUAAGUGGACUGUACGACAUCUAUUUUGAUGUAAAUUUGAAUUUUACGAUAUAACGAAAGCCAAAUUUUCUAUAUAAUUUAUAAAAUAAAAUAAAUUAAGUGUAAGACCAAAAUGUUAAGUGCAAUUAUUUUGAAUAGAUUUUGGUAAAAAUUUUCGAUUUUAUACAAACGAAACAAUCGUGUAACGUUUUAAGUAAUUACAUAAAAUCAUUUGUAACUAUUACAUUCGCUCAUCGAUAACAUUGUUUUCGACUUAUUUAACGUGAUGAAUUUUUUUUUUUUUCAUGAAUUCAAUUUCUUAAAAUGAGUAUUGGAUAGCCAAUACAUUUAAAAUUUAGUUACCAUUAAUUAAUAAAUUAGGUGACGGUUAGAAAUUCGUUGCGUACUGUUCAAAAUAUGUUUUGCAUGCUUUUAAAACUUGCCUUCGUUAUAGGAAGAAUGACUUCGUUUUAGUUAUGUUUAUCUCAUAUUAUAUGAAUAGAUCAACUUCUUUACCUAUCAAUGUUUGUAGUAGACUGAAUAUAAACGUAAAUAGCGUUCAUUUAUUCGUUUUAUAGUUGAUAAUAUAUUUGUACCACUGUUAAUGCUCAAUGUAUUCUUGAUUACGGAUAGGGCGGUAUCACAUUAAGCCAAAUGGUGAAAGUUAUAUUAUUAGGUAGUUAAUCGGUUUGUCUGUAGACUUACAGCUAUGUGUAAUAGGUGCCUUAUUUUCCUAGAGGUGUAUUGUUGUUGUACAUACCAUGUUAUGAAUUUAGAUUAUAUUUUAAAAUUAAAUAAUCUGUUACAAA